CUAUUAUUGAAAAAAAAAAAAAGGAUAACAAGGAGAUCUUUCAAUUACUUGAUGGGUGUUUCACGUUACUUUCCGACAACGUGGUAGUUGCCAUAAAAAGCGGCCAUGCAGGUUUAGUUUGAUCCAUGAGACCAUGACAAUUUAAUGUACACGGCUAAAAUGGAAACUCUAUAAGAAUCAUAGAAAAUUUAAUUUUACAUCAUGCUAUUACUUCUUUUGUUUCUGUUAAGGAGAAGUUGAACUUCCAGAAGAAUGAGUGAUUCAAGAGGUAAGCUAACUUCCCAGGUCGAGGUUAAGACAAAUGCAGAUGUGUUUCAUGAGUUGCUAAGAAGCAAACCUCAUCAGUUGUCAACAAUAAGUCCUAACAAUAUUCAAGAUUGCAAUUUGCAUGAUGGUGAUUGGGGCACUGUUGGAUCCGUCAUCUCCGUCAAUUAUACUCAUGAUGGAAAGGAGUGUGUUUCAAAAGAUAUAAUUGAGGCAAUAGAUGAAGAAAAGAAACUGGUGAAAUUCAAAGUAAUUGAAGGAGAUUUGCUGGAACUGUAUAAGAAUAUCAGUGUAACUGCUCAUGUUGAGACAAAUGGAGAAACCAAUUUAGUGACAUGGACCAUUGAGUAUGAGAAGCUUCACGAGGGCAUCCCAGAUCCCAAUACUUUGAUGGACCUUUGCCUCCAACUCACCAAGGAUAUUGAGUCUCACCAUCUCCGCAGCAACGAAAUCUCAGGCCAGGAGGCCAACACCAAGAAGAUGGUAUCUUCAAUUGAAAUAAAGGUUCACGGGGAUGUCUUUCAUGAGAUCUACAAAGAAAGACCACAUGAGAUUUCGGGUAUCUGCCCAUACAUUCACGGCGUUGAUUUGCAUGAAGGUGAUUGGGGAAAAGAAGGAACUGUCCUUUCCUGGAGAUACACUCAUGAUGGCAAGGAAAGAGUUUUAAAAGACAUAGUUGAGGCCAUUGAUGAGGCAAACAAGUCAGUGACAUUUAGGGUGUUCGAAGGAGAUAUAAUGGAUCUGUACAAAACUUUUGUAAUCACCCUCCAUGUUGAUACACUUGGCGAGAGAAACUUAGUCACUUGGACGCUUGAAUAUGAGAAGCUAAAUGAGAGCAUUCCGGAUCCUCAUUCGUUCAUGGAACUCCUACUUCAAGAGAUUAAGGAUAUUGAGAGUCAUCACCUCAAAUAAAUCAACCCAUUGAGGGCAUGAAUUACUUCAUGAUCUUCAAUCAGACAUCUCUCAUAUAUGUUGUGAAUUUCCCAUUUUGAUUUGUUGCAUCAAAUUACGAAUAUUGUGGUGUGAGCAAGAUUCCUUCUUAUUGUACUAUUAUUCAUGUUUUCUUACUUAUUGUAACUUGUAUAUCGUACUGUGCUAUGUUUGAAGUCAAUAAAUUUAGGAUUCAUGG